AUGUCCAACUCAAAAAAGAGAGCGGCGCCCGACCAGGACGGCGGCAAGGCGAAGAAGAAGAAGAAGGCGUCCCCGUACCAGGUCGACGAGACCCUGCUGAACGAGGAGCUGGGCAUCAACGAGGCCUUCGCCGUCAUGGACAACCAGCUGCUGGCGGACUACACGGCGCAGAAGCUCACGCGGUUCGCGACGGAGCUGAGUCCCGUCGAGGUUUCGGAUUUGUCCAUCUCAGCCAACGCGAUCAAGGACACUACGUCGUGGACGGAGCCGCGGUCCACGCCCAACCUGCCUGCCUUCCUGGAGAAGUUCGCCGAGAAGCCCGAGAAGCUGCCGACGGCGCCGGAGAAGAAGGGCACGCCGCACACCAUCGUCGUCACGGCCGCGGGCCUGCGGGCGGCGGACCUCGUGCGGGCUCUGCGGGGAUUCCAGAACAAGAAGAACACAGUGUCGAAGCUGUUUGCAAAACACAUGAAGGUCGAGGAGCAGGUCAAGUUCCUGCAGACGACGCGGACGGGCAUCGCGGUGGGCACGCCGGCGCGGCUGAUGGAGCUGGCGGACCACGGGGCGCUGUGCCUGGACAAGGUGCAGCGGGUGGUGGUGGACGCGUCGCACAUUGACCAGAAGAAGCGCGGUGUGAUGGACAUGAAGGACACGAUGAUGCCGCUCGCGAGGUGGCUCGCGCGCAAGGAGCUGAAGGAGAGGUACACGGACGAGAAGAGGCAUCUGGACUUGAUGUUUUACUAG